CUGGCACUUACAGCAACAACCUACCGCUGCCAGUACCCAGCUAGCACACUGACAGCAGCUAUUUGUAACCUGAUCGUGCACAGGCAGGCAGAACUAAUCUACUGCAGCCAGCCCUGGGCUCGCACACACACAGUCCAUCAAGCUGCUGGUGGUGCUUUCCUCGAACACAGACAGUAGCAGCAAGCGACAGGCACACAGUAGCAUCCAGCAGCUGUCAGAAGUAACAGCAACACCAACCUACCAGGUCCAGUAGUGCCCUGUUCAUAAGCAGCACAUCCAGCAGCUGGUAGUCACUUGCUCGCACACAAGCAGCAGGCAGCAUCGCACAGUUGCACGGUCACACGCAGGAUAACAAUGUCUCAUCUAACCCUGUUUGGGAAAGGAAAGAAGGGGCACUCUGGAACUGACUCCAAGUUACAACCUUUGCUCUUUAUUUUUAUUUGGCAGAAUCAAGGGCUAAGACUUUUUGCUUUCCAAGCAUUUAUCAGUUACUCUUUCCUGUCUCUGCUGCGUCUGUGACCAUUCUGCUGCAUGUUAGGUUUUGGGUUGUGUGUAAAUGCGACUAAACAAAAUUUUCAUGUAAUUGUCUCCUUAAUCUGGACAUGUCCAAUCGUAUCCCUCCUGCUCCCUCCCUCUCUCUCUUCUCACCUCCUCUUUUCCUGUCCAUCCUACGUUCGUUUUGCUUCCCAUCUGACUUUUGGUGAAGGGGGGGCAAAGUGUGUAAGUGUGAGGGGAGGUCUCCUGUCACAUCCUCCAUCAGCUUCUCCCCCCCCCCCCCCACCCCCCAGCCCGGCUUCUCAGCCAUCACACACACACGCACGUCAGAACCAAAGUGCAGGAGGAGAGGAGAAGGGGCACAGCAGGUUUAUGUGCCAGGCAAGGAGGAGCCCACAGGGGGAAAACCUUCCACCUGAUCUCACAUCCCUGCAAGUGAAAGGACAGAGAGGGAGAGAGAACUUGCUGAUUAACGACUGGACACCUUCCAAAGGCACUAAGCUGUCUGACUUUGAUAGCCAAGGAUCCCAGAACAGAUAGACACAGUACCAAAUGGGGCUAACACACACACUGAGCUGCUGGCCUGGGAUGUUGCACAGUACUGGUGUCAAGGUUCUGUCCUGGUUUAAUGCUCUGUCUCCCUGCACUUUGGGGACCUGGGGAAGAUUUGAGACCUAUUUAACCCUAUGGAUAUGCCUUAUCACCUGGAGCAAUCCCAGGGCCACUGCAAGUCCCGGCAAUGAAGUGAAUUUAUUGGAUUCCCGAUCUGUCAUGGGUGACCUUGGAUGGAUCGCCUUCCCUAAAAAUGGGUGGGAAGAAAUUGGAGAGGUAGAUGAGAACUAUGCUCCAAUACAUACAUACCAAGUAUGUAAAGUGAUGGAACAGAGUCAGAACAACUGGUUACUGACAAGCUGGAUCUCCAAUGAAGGAGCCUCGCGGAUAUUCAUUGAACUAAAAUUCACUCUUCGAGAUUGUAAUAGUCUUCCAGGGGGACUUGGGACAUGCAAAGAAACUUUCAAUGUAUAUUAUUUUGAAUCAAAUGAAGAGGAUGGAAGGAAAAUUCGGGAAAACCAGUAUAUCAAAAUUGACACUAUUGCAGCUGAUGAGAGUUUUACAGAGUUAGACUUGGGUGAUAGAAUCAUGAAGCUAAAUACAGAAAUAAGAGAUGUUGGACCUCUGACCAAAAAAGGCUUUUAUCUUGCUUUUCAAGACUUAGGAGCUUGUAUUGCUCUGGUUUCUGUGCGAGUCUAUUAUAAGAAAUGCCCAUCGGUGGUUCGCAAUUUAGCUGUCUUUCCUGACACAAUAACUGGUGCAGACUCCUCCCAGCUCUUGGAAGUAUCAGGAUUGUGUGUCAACAAUUCCGUGAAAGAAGAAGCCCCCAAAAUGCAUUGCAGUGCUGAAGGGGAAUGGCUUGUCCCAAUUGGAAAAUGUAUGUGCGAAGAAGGGUAUGAAGAGAAAAACAAUACAUGCCAAGCAUGUCCAAUGGGAUUUUUCAAGUCUUCCCCUCAAAGUCUGAUGUGUAGCAAAUGUCCACCUCACAGUUACACGAAUGAAGAGGGAUCCACAUUUUGUGUUUGUGAAGACCGUUACUAUAGGAGAGAAUCCGAUCCAUACACCAUGUCUUGUACAAGGCCACCAUCAGCUCCACGAAAUGCUAUAUCUAACAUCAAUGAGACAAGUGUGUUUCUUGAAUGGAUGUUCCCCUCAGAUACUGGUGGACGAAAAGAUGUUUUUUAUAAUAUAGUUUGCAAAAAGUGCAAUUCCCUCUCUAGUCCAUGUGAAGAAUGUGGUAUGCAUGUCCGUUACAUACCUCAGCAAACUGGUUUGAAAAAUACUUCUGUAAUGGUAAUAGACCUUCAGGCCCACACAAACUACACCUUUGAGAUUGAAGCUGAAAACGGUGUUUCUGAGCUGAGUCCAGGUUUUCGACAGUAUGUUUUUGUGAAUGUCACCACAAACCAGGCAGCACCAUCCACAAUCAGCAUUGUGAAGAAGGGGAAAAUUGCCAAAAGCAGCAUUUCAUUGUCAUGGCAAGAGCCCGAUCGACCCAAUGGUAUCAUCCUUGAAUAUGAAAUCAAAUACUUUGAAAAGGAUCAAGAAAGUAGCUACACAAUUGUCAAGUCUAAAGAGACAGAAAUCACAGUGGAGGGAUUGAAACCUGCAUCAUCCUAUAUUUUCCAAAUAAGAGCACGCACGGCCGCAGGGUAUGGUGCAUUCAGCCGCAGAUUUGAGUUUGAAACCAGCCCAGUGUCAUUUGCUGCAACUGGAGAUCAGAGCCAGAUUCCUAUAAUUGCUGUGUCGGUCACUGUGGGAAUUAUUUUGCUGGCUGGUAUAGUUGGUUUUCUUCUCAGUGGAAGCUGUUCACAGGCUUCCUUUCCACCUUCCAGACGUUGUGGCUACAGCAAAGCUAAACAAGAUCCAGAAGAAGAGAAGAUGCAUUUUCACAAUGGGCACAUUAAACUACCAGGAAUUAAGACAUAUAUUGACCCACAUACAUAUGAAGACCCAAACCAAGCAGUGCACGAAUUUGCUAAGGAGAUAGAUGCUUCCUGCAUAACAAUUGAGAGAGUUAUUGGAGCAGGUGAAUUUGGUGAAGUUUGCAGUGGCCGAAUCAAACUUGCUGGAAAACGGGAGUCUCCUAUAGCAAUAAAGACUUUAAAAGUUGGCUAUAGUGAUAAACAGCGGAGAGAUUUCUUGGGUGAAGCAAGCAUAAUGGGGCAGUUUGACCAUCCUAAUAUCAUCCACCUGGAGGGAGUCGUCACCAAAAGCAAACCAGUGAUGAUAGUAACAGAAUACAUGGAAAAUGGUUCUCUUGAUACAUUUCUAAAGAAAAAUGAUGGUCACUUUACCGUUAUUCAGCUGGUGGGCAUGUUGAGAGGAAUUGCAUCAGGCAUGAAAUAUCUUUCUGAUAUGGGAUAUGUACACAGGGACCUGGCAGGAAGAAAUAUUCUAAUAAACAGCAAUUUGGUUUGUAAAGUUUCUGAUUUUGGUCUAUCCCGUGUUCUGGAAGAUGAUCCUGAAGCAGCCUAUACUACCAGGGGAGGAAAGAUACCAAUCCGAUGGACCGCUCCUGAAGCUAUUGCCUUCCGUAAAUUUACUUCCGCUAGUGAUGUUUGGAGUUACGGAAUUGUAAUGUGGGAAGUAAUAUCUUAUGGAGAGAGACCCUACUGGGAGAUGACAAAUCAGGAUGUAAUUAAAGCUGUUGAGGAGGGUUACCGCUUGCCAAGUCCUAUGGAUUGCCCUGCUGCUCUUUACCAGCUUAUGUUGGAUUGCUGGCACAAAGACCGAAACAGCAGACCCAAGUUUGAAGAAAUUGUCAGUAUUUUGGAUAAACUGAUUCGUAACCCAAACAGCUUGAAGACACUUGUUAAUGCAUCAAACAGAGUAUCAAAUUUACUGAUUGAACAUAGUCCUGGUGGAACUGGUGCCUAUAGAUCAGUAAAUGAAUGGCUUGAAGCUAUCAAAAUGGGAAGGUAUACUGAGACAUUUAUGGAGAAUGGCUUUAAUUCAAUGGAUGCAGUUACUCAAGUGACAGUGGAAGAUUUGAGGAGAUUUGGAGUGACUCUAACUGGCCAUCAGAAGAAGAUAAUGAACAGCAUUCAAGAAAUGAGGGCCCAGUUAUUGAACGGAAUGGUGCCAUUGUAAUUGUGCCGUUUCACCACCAAGCAAACCUGCACUUUGUUACCUGCCCAGAGAUUUAUAGAUACAGAUUAAACUGAAAUGAAAAAGGGAAGUAGAGUGCUAUAGAAAGCAGAAAAUAGCACACGCAACAAGAUGACUCAAAAUCAGUAUUGGAAUCAGACUUCCAUUUAUUUUUUAUUUUAUCUCUAUCAUUCUUCAUAAGAAACUGCAACAUGCAUGGGACCUGGAGAUGGAUGUAUAAUAAGACAGGGUGACCAGUUCUUCAGUUUCCGUAACAAACGACUUCCCAUGAUGCUUUGUACAUGAAUUGUAUAUAGCAUCUUGAUAGUGCUUUCAUUGUAGCAGCACGAUAAAUUCUUCCAAGAACUUACUUGAAUGGAUCAUUUACAAACCAAGUUUUGUAGCCAUGUAUGGCCUAGUCAAAAGCUGCAGUUUUUGGACAUUUACUAAGUUCAAUUGUCUACAAAGGUGUAUUGAAGAGCAAUAUGUUUAGAUUUUCUUGUUAGUUAUACUGUUUGUUUGUUUUUUAAAUUUAAAAAAUGCUGUUACACAGCAUUAUCUAUAGAACCUAAUGUAUAAACAUGUUGCUUGAUCACUUGCAAAUACAAUAUAUUUAUUUUUUUGUGUUCUUGAA